AUGAAGGCGCCCCCGAAGGCCGCCGAGACGGCGACGACGCCGACGGAGCCGCCAAGGCUUCCUGCCGAGGCCGUUUCGGCCCAUGCCCCACCUUCGAGCGGGCGGCUAGCGCGGUUAACCGCCCGCGCCAGCCGUCCCUGCCGCGAUCGCGCGCUGCGCGCCAUGGACAAUCAGAACGGGCACCUCUGCAGGCAGUUCCAGGCCGGCCACUGCCGGCGGGGCGCGGAGUGCCCGCUCGCGCACGAGUUGCCAGGCGACGUGAGCACCGCGAGCCCGGCGCUGGGCCCGCCGAGCGACAACAGCAGCGACUGCCGCAGCAAGUGCACGUGGACCUGGACAUCCAGCUCCGACAGCCGGAGCUGGGCGGAUCUAUCCUGGACCUGUGGUCUGCCUCCGCCAGCGCCCGCCAGGCGGCGUGCGCUGGCGCGGGCCAGCCGCCGGGGCACGCCGGCCAGAGGGCCUCCGCCGCUGGCGCCCGCGCGCCGCGGGAGGAUGUCGACGGGCUCCCGUCGUUCUUGGACCGCGUGGCCCACAUCCCCGAGUACAUCUCGGGGAGGGCGAGAGGGUCCUCGGUCAAAGAAGCAAUGGUCCGUGAUAAUUAGAGGAGGGCGGGUUGAGAUAAGGA